AUGGACAAGGCUUUCACAAGUGCUGAAGUUGCGAUUCAUAACACGGAGAACAGCUGCUCGGUUGCUCUCUAUGGGAAGGUGUAUGAUGUAACGCGUUUUGUGUCAAGCCAUCCUGGCGGUGCCCAAGCAAUCCUACGCGUAAGUGGCAGAGAUGCGACAGGCGACUUCGAUCCCAUUCAUCCGUCUGAGACCUUGGAGAGUCUCCAGCCGGCACUUCUUGGGUCACUCUUCCUCGACGAGGAGUCAUCUGCGGCAACUCAGACUAAGGAUACCCCGGACGAAAUUGAUGUUAACUCACUCUUGAACCUCGAGGAGAUCGAACAGGCGGCCACCAGUGUAAUCAGCAACAAGGCAUGGGCGUACUAUUACUCCGCAGCAGACGAUAAGAUCACAAAAGAUUUUAACAGGCAAGUUUACCGAUCGCUUUUACUACGUCCCCGAGUCUUUGUCGACUGCCAGAGGUGUGAUGUGGAGACAGAGCUCCUGGGAUGGAAGGUUGGCCUCCCUAUAUACGUGUCUCCAACCGCCAUGGCUCGCUUGGGUCACCCGAGCGGGGAGGCUGGAAUAGCAGAAGCAUGCGGAGCCUUUGGAGCUCUCCAGAUCAUCGCAAAUAACUCCUCACUUUCACCCGAACAGGUGGUUGCCCAUGCCCUCCCGACUCAGGUAUUUGGAUGGCAGCUAUAUGCUCAGCUAGACCGCCGUGCAAGCGAAGCAAUGCUCGCACGUGUGAACAGGCUGGAUGCGAUCAAAUUCGUUGUGCUGACGCUUGAUGCUCCCGUGUCUGGAAAGCGAGAAGAUGACGAGCGUAUCAAUGUGCAGGCCAAUCCAGCAGGCAGCGUUAGUGCCCAGCUUUUUGCUGGUACAGAUCCGUCUCUCACCUGGUAUGAGACCCUCGAGUGGCUAUCACGACACACAAAGAAACCUAUCAUCCUCAAGGGUCUGCAGACGCAUGAAGACGUUGCUAUUGCCGCGCGGUAUACGCCUUUAGUGCAAGCAGUUAUCCUGUCCAAUCAUGGUGGACGGUCGCUGGACACGGCGCCGCCGGCCGUACACACACUCCUUGAAAUACGGAAGUACUGCCCCGAUAUCUUCGAGACGAUGGAGAUGUGGGUGGAUGGGGGCAUUCGACGAGGUACUGACGUGGUGAAAGCACUGUGUCUUGGUGCGAAGGCUGUUGGCAUUGGACGACCGGCGCUUUGGGGCCUGGCCGCUGGUGGGGUGCAAGGAGUCGAACGAACGCUGCAAGGUCUGGCACCUAUUGUCUUCUCUGAUUGA